AAUUCUGUCGCGUGUAAGUUCCGAACACAAAAAAUAGCAUAAAAGCCUACUAGAACAGAAGACACGAAGAAAACACCCCCUGAGAGAGAGAGAGAGAAAGAGCCUCGAACAGACUCGGAGCAAUCAUAGAAUUGCAGUAGGAGGAAGAGGCUCUACAGCAGACAAAGAAGAAUCCAGAAUCUGCUUUAUCUAUUCUAUCUAUCUAUCUAUCAAUCUAUCCCUCCCCCCCAUUCAUUCUUGUUCUCUCUUAUCACAGAGAAAGAGAGAGAGACAGAGAGAGAUAGAGAGAUCUCCUUUGUCAUCCCUACAUUGCCCACUUUGUAGUGGACAAGGUAAUUCAAAUUUCUCGAAUGCCCACAAUUUGGAUUUCACCAAUUUUGGCUUUUGAUCAACACCCAUCAUAGAAUUGCCUCGGAAAACGCCACCCAUAAAAAGAUUAAUUUUUUUUUUUCCUUUUUCGAAUUUUGAUUUUUUUUUUUCGCCUUUGCUUUUGUGUGUUUAGAGGAGUUGGGAUUAGGGUUUUGAUAGUUGGUAACUAUGCUCAGCAUGUUUUGUGUUUGCUGGAUUGUUAGGGUUUCGUUGGAUCGUAACUGGGGACUCCUUCAAUUCUGCUGCUGUGGACUAAUUAGGGUUUGAUCAGACUUCAGAUUUGGGGGACCUAGUGAUUGCUUGGCCGCAUGAGCUCGAUCUUUCCCGGAAAUGGAAUUGUGGAUUUGGCGCUGUUGGGUUGAGCAUAUGAACUCUCAGAUUGCCUAAGAGUUAUGGGAACCAUUCUUUUUCUGAGCAUGGAACAAGAUUGCAUAUUACAUGAGUGAUCACAGACUUGCCGAAUCCGUAUUCCAGAGGACAAGGAUUUCUGGGUUUUUGCUGUUUAAGACCAGCUUGAUCUUCAGCUGGGGAUGAAUUUGGUCUUGGGUUCUGCUUACACCGAGGAUUAGAUUCAAGUGGGGACAGCUUUUGUUUCUCAACAAGUUGUUCGGGUUAACUUAGUUUGAGCAAGAUUCUUGGCCCGAAGAGGUUUUGUUGGACCUGUUAAUUUUAUCGAGGUUUUUGUUGGUUUUUAGUUCAGUGUAGUAGCUUUGCAGUUUUUUGGUUGAGUUGAUUCUUUUGAUGAGCCUUGGUUGAUUUUGAUAGUAUCUGCUUUUACCCAACUUGAAAAGGAUCCAAGGCUUGGAUUCAGUGUGUAUUGGAUUGGUGAAAGAGGCUUAUGGAGGUAUUCUGAUCUGGGUAUGAAUGUGGGGGCAUGGUGCAUGGACAGGAGCAUAGUUGCUGGUUCGUUCCCUCUCUGGAACAGUGCUACACGAACAUAAUUCUGGAACUUUCUUCUCGGGAAGGCACUGGUUUCUUGUAUUGUGUGAGUUUGUGCAAUGUCGCGCUGCUUUCCAUUUCCACCACCAGGAUAUGAGAAAAAAGCUAGGACAGAUGAUGUGGACGUGCUAAAAAAGGAGAAGCAGAGAGAAAAGAAGCAUAAAAAGGAUAAGAAGGACAAAGAAAAAAGAGAAAAAGAGAAAAGUGAGAAAGAUAGAAGUGAUGGAAAACAUCGGGAAAAGAAAGACAAGAAGGAAAAGAACAGAGACAAAAAGAAGGACAAGGAGAAAGACACAGACAAAGUUAAAGAUAAACUUGGUACUUCAGAUGGAACUAGAAUUCCAGGUAAAACUGAGAAUCAUGUUGCAGAGAAACUCAUUCAUAAAGAUGACAGAGACAAGAGAGAUGCUAGCCAAGUUGGAGGUUACCAGCCAGAAAAGCUUGGUCAGAACAGUCACCUGCCUGCGGAGAACAGGAACUCUGUAUCGGUGGAGGUGGCUAGGAAGACUAAGGAUGAGGCCAGAGGAAUUGGGAACCAGUUGGUUGAGAAGAUUAGUGGUUCAGACCGCAAAAAAGAUGAGGGGAUGGUCAGAUUGGUGGCCAAGGGAACUGGCAUGUUGGCUGAAGUUAAGGAAACUAGCAAGGACAAGAGAGCUGAUAUCCGAAAGCCUGAUGUGCAAGAAGUCAGAGUUGCAACACGGGUUAGUGGAAGUGCAAUGGUGCAGAACCCUGGCGGAAUGGUUCAACCCAAAGUUAAAGGAUUUCCGAAACCACUGGAGAGCAAUGUUGAAAGAAAGACUGAUGGAAAAGAAAAGACCAAAGAGAAGGAAGGUGAUGAUAAACGGGGGGAAAAGCGCAAGGAUAAAGAUAGAGAGAAGAAAACCCAGGGGAGAGAUAAGGAUAGAGAUAAAGAGAAGAAGAAGGAGGAGAAAGCAAAGAAGAAGAAUGCGUCAAAGACUGCAGAGCCAGAUAAAGAGAAGAAAAAGGAAGACAAAGCAAAUGAGAAAAAUGGUUCUAAGCAUGCAGAACCAGACAAAUCUAAAGAGACCAAUAAAGAGGUUUGUAUUGAUUCCCAGUACAGAAAACCCUCCCAACUUCCGAAGGACAACUACAAAUCUGCUGAUGCUGAGGCGAACCUUAAGAAACGAAAGGACUUGACGACAAAUGGAGUUUUGCAUGCCAAUGAAAUUAGGCCCAAUAAAUUGCUGAGACCCUCCUCUUCCUCUCAUCCAUUGACUGAAAAUGGAAGGACACUGGAGCCUUGCCAAACGUCCAUCCCAUAUGUUUCAGAUAAGCAGGGAGGAGCCAAUAGUGUUAAAGUGGAGAGCAAGGAACGUAAGAAGAAUGGCAUUAUUGAAGCUAGAUCGUCAUCUGUCUCCCCUGCAAAGCCUACUUCUAUAGCUGCACAAGCUGAUCCAUUUGCUGAAGCAUCUAUGAGACCGCCCCAUCCAGAUUCCAGAUAUCUAAGUGAGGUUUAUAUGGUUCCAAAAAUGGACAAAUUGUCUGAUGACGAUCAAGACUGGUUGUUUGGUUGCAGUGGCAGUGAUACCAAAUCAAAGAAGCCUAAGAUGGAAUCUUCACCAGAUGAGGAGACGGCAGAAGUGUGGUCAGAAGCUCUGCGGAUAGAGUCAGCUGAUGUUUGUGCUUUGCCGUAUGUCAUUCCAUAUUGAUUGGUUUCUAAUGGGCAUGCUUCACCUCCUAAAUCCGUUGUCAGCUAUCCGCUAGAAUGGCAUCUGGUGCUUGGUCAUGGAUGUUUUGAUCUGUCUACCUGCAUUCGCCUUUGAUUGGCGGUUGCACAGGGAGUAUGACGGAUGGCCUUGUUCUCAAACCGUCUUAAAUUGCUAAGGUAUCCGUCACACCAGGCAAAUGCUCUGGGACCAGGAGAGGGCUAUUUGGAUUUGAAGGGAGGUUUUCCCCACACAGCAGUACACCACUAAUUCAUUCAAAAUGAAGUUUUCAUAAGCGCGACAAGUGAAGGUUGCGUAGGAAGGGGGAUAUAUAGGUUGUGCGAUUUUUGUUUUUGAUUCGCUUAGGAGCUGCCAAUCUCUUUCUAAUUGAGAAUUUAAGAGAAACUAGAUGUGGUCUUUGCAACUCCACCACAGUUUUGAUUUGUAACAUAGAACUCUUAUUUACAAGAAAUGUAAGAUAGAGGAAAAGUAUAGUAGUUGCAUUCAUCCA